AUGGCAUCGAAGAUAAUCGUCAUUGGUAACGUCAACUGCGAGCUCCAGGAAGUCUUCACCAAGCUCGCAAAGCUUCAUGUCAAGCAGAGUUUCUCCUUUGCUAUCAUCACUGGAGACUUGUUUGGCGACUGCUCCACAGAGCAUGAGCUCCAACAGAUGACGGCCCUAUUGCAGGGCAGCAUCGCUGUUCCACUUCCAACAUACUUUACUCUGGGAAACAAGGCUCUUCCCGCUCGAGUUAUUGAGCAACUCGAAGCCAACGAUGAAGUCUGUCCCAACCUCUACUACCUGGGAAAACGCGGCACUUUAAAGACCUCAGAAGGUAUACGCAUUGUCGCUUUAGGCGGAGCUCUAGUGGAAGGGAGUGCUUCCGGCAACAAGUACCACCCCUCAUACACUGAGUCCGAAGCCAGGACACUCCUCGGCGCGCAUAACGCCGACAUCCUUCUUACUCACGACUGGCCCAAGGGCAUCCGAACUGGUUCUAAAGUAGAGAUCCCAGAAGGUAUCACAUUAUCUCAAGAAACACAACCCGUCGCAGAUAUCUGCUCAGCGCUCAAACCGCGCUACCACUUUUCAUCUACAGACGAAUUUUUCUACGAGCGUGAACCCUUCUUUCAUCUUCCCACAGAAGACAAUCCAGACGCCAAACCACUCACCCGCUUCAUCAGCCUCGCCUCAUACAGCAAUAGCAAAACAACCAAGCAAAAAUGGAUGUACGCCUUCACACUCGACCCGAGCACACCACCCCCACUCAGCGUACCUGCUGGCGCAACAGCUACGCCGCUCCGCUCCAUUCCCACCAAACGCAAACCCCUCCCCGACCAAAACAGCUCCUACAGCCGCUUCGCAACCACAGACGACCAUCACCACCACCACAGCAAACGCCGCAAGGGGGCGCGUCCCCCUCCAGGGCCUGACCAAUGCUUCUUCUGCCUCUCCAACCCCAACAUUGCAACUCACCUCAUCACCUCCAUCGGCACAGAAUCCUACCUUACGACCGCUAAAGGGCCCCUUCCCACUUCAAAUACCUUCGCUCCCUCCCUUACCUUCCCAGGCCACAUGCUCAUCAUCCCCUUCAAUCAUGCCCCGGCCCUCAACACCAUAACUGACACCUCCAGCCGCCACGCCACAUGGACAGAGAUGCAACGGUACCGCGCAGCUUUGCAUUCCAUGAUUCAGCAAAGAUCAAAGGGCUCCCUCGGUGCCGUCACGUGGGAAGUCUCCCGCUCAAAUGGCAUCCACGUCCACUGGCAGUUCCUACCUGUGCCAGCAGACCUCAUCAAGCGCGGCCUCGUUGAGGCAGCCUUCAAAGUUGAGGCCGAGAACCUUAAGUACCCAAAGUUCGAAUCACCUUCGGCCUCGUCAUCGUCACUGCCGCAACCAGGAUCCGAGGGCCUAGACCCCAGCGCUGAACCAGGCGACUUCUUCCGCCUUUGGAUCUGGAAUCCUUCGCCUUCUCCUGAGGUUGAAAAGAGUAAUGACAGCACCGGGUCCGAAAAGACCCUGCUCCUCCCCCUUGGCAAUGACUUCCGCUUCGACCUGCAAUUUGGGCGCCGCGUUAUGGCAAAACUCAUGCAGCUUGAGAAGAGAAUCAACUGGAAAGAUGAUGUACAGUCGCAGGAGGAAGAGGAGGCUGAUUCGGCGGCAUUUAAAGAGGCAUUUAAGGCGUUUGAUUUUACACUAGAGUAG